AUGGACGUUCUAUAUCCAAAAGACUUUGAUCUUACUUCUAUCGAAAAAUGUAUGAUGGACUAUGACUGCCACUUCAUCGCAUACGAAGAUGACGAAGCAAUCAAUUCCAGACUAGGCACGAAUUUCGUAAUUCUACAAGAAACAUGCUUCAUUGUUCAUGUUGGUGGUGCUACUACUGGUUCUGGUAACGAAGAAUUCAAGUGUGACUACGAUUGUCGCAAUCGUGUCAUGAAGGACUUGCACCCAAAGAAAGGAGAAAAAUUUCGCGGCAUCUCCGCUACGAGAGGUACUGAUGGUAUCUAUUACAACAAUGCAGCACCUUAUCUUCUCUUUACAAACGAAUGCAUAAGAGGAUACGCAGGUACGGAUAAUACCAUCAUUGCCAACUAUACACGAGUCGAUAUACCCAAUUUUGCAGAAAUAGCCAAGUCCAAGCGGUGUAACGAAAAGUUCUUUGAUGUAUACCUUGGGAAUGAUGACUACAUAUGCUGUAAUAGGCAAACUCUCGAAACAUACGUAUACACAUCAGUGACCAAACAUCGUGUCAUUCAGAUACUAUGUAGCGAGUCGGACGAUCCGUUUCAUCAAUUGAAAUCUGAAGACGAAAAGCUCAAAUUGAGCAAGCCUCUACCAAGGAACUCCUCCGACUUUCAUUUGAAAGACAUUGAAGGACAUACUGUAGAAGAAAAUACUGACUACUAUCUGGAAAUAUACGAUCACGAUGAUGAUGUUCUGGAUAUGUAUGAAGAUGAACUUUGGUCAAGAUACUAUGAAUACCAAAUUGAACAAACAAUCGUUCAAUGUUCCAUUGUAAAUGGAAUACAUUAUCUUGUUUAUGGAAACAAAUACCUUCACGUUGCGGAUGAAAGUAAUGCAAUAACACUUUCUAACCAAGUACCAUAUCAGCACCAGAGAUUACAAUUCCAAUUCACUGAAAAUAAUACUUUCCGAACUGUUCAAUGGAACCAAUGCAUCUUUCUCAUACUCAACAUAUUAACGUGUUCUAGUGGGUCAGUGCAAUUCACGGCAGAUGAUGGUCCACCUCUGGAGCUUUACUUGAAAAGAGUCUAAAAUACAUUCUAAAACUACUGAACAUUGAAAUUUAGCUGCCAAGUAAAGUAAAUACAUAAAAUAUAUGGCACACGGACUCUCAAAACAUAUGACUAUAGGUCAGUGGGCUAAUAUCCGCAAG